CAGAUCAAAGCCAUGGCGUCGUCCUCCUCUGCUGUGAGCAAGCGCGGCGGCGGCGGCGACUCGGGCGGCGUGCUGGCCGCGAUCUCGCGGUCGGCGGUGGCGCAGCACGGGCGCGACGCGGCGGCGGUGGCGGGCAAGCUGCUGCGGAGCACGGGCAAGGCGGCGUGGAUCGCCGGGACGACCUUCCUCGUGCUGGUGGUGCCGCUCAUCAUCGAGAUGGACCGCGAGCAGCAGAUGGUCGACCUCGACCUCCAGCAGCAGGCGCUCCUCGGCGCGCCGUCCCUCGCCAAAUAAACUCCGCCCGCUUCUCCUCCGUCGGCUCCGAAUGGUUUCUUCCGUCUCCGCCGUAGCCG